AUGGAGCCACCAGCAAAGAGACGACGCAAAGGCCCCUCACCCCCAACACUUGGCCAAAAUGACGGCGAAGACGACGAACUCGCCUCCCACCCACAGGAGAUUACUGUUCGACGGGACCCUGAUAUCCAGUUUGCGCUGAAACGAGCCAAUGCCAACCACAAGCUUCAAGCCACCAUGGCGCACAUCAUCGAAAAGUACAGCCGCGAUUUCGAGGGAGUUGGUGACGAGAUCGACAUGGAGACCGGGGAAAUCGUCGUGAACAACGGCCACUUGCGCAACAUGCGCGAUGAGGGAGAUGUCGAGGGGCUUUGGAUGGAUGGUGAUAGCAAUGCUGAAGAGGAUGAAGGAAUCUUGCUCGAGGAUCUCACAGACGAAUAUUCCGACAACCAAGACGAAAUGGACGAACCUCGAAACCCAGAAGCAGACAAUAACCAGAAUUCGAGUACCAGGGGACCGGAUUCAAACACUGGAUCAAAUCCCAAUGAUAUGGAAAAAGGACCAGACUCUAUUCCUGAAUCAACCGGCGAUGAAAAAGAAAAAAGCACCGAAAACCAAGACGAGCGAUUGUCCCCCGAAACCCGCAACUCUACAGACGGCGAGCCCGACGUCCCCCCUCGUGGAUUUCCUCCUGCACCUUUUGGGCCCGGCGCUCCUCUCGGCUAUGGCGCGCCACCCGGGCCAUUUGGGCCAUGGUCCAUGAUGCCUGGAUUUCCCAUGAAUCCUUGGGGUCGUGAUGACAUCCCCCCUUAUUACAACAUGCCCCCAAGCAUGCCUGGCCCCUGGUUCAACGGAGGAAGAUAUGAGUUUCCUGCAAACGAUGGACAGACAUCUAUCUGGGGACGCAACUGGGUCAAGAAGACAAAACGGGCUGGUUUCAUGAAAAAGGCCUCGAAAGGCCAUGCCGAGCCGAGUAAGAACCCCAGCGAUACCGCGGCAGACGAGGAAGCGGGGGGCGAUGAUGGCAAUGGCAAGGAAAACUCGGGAGAGCAACAGCUAGAAGCCCAAGAGGCUUUGGCAAAUGAUCGGAUUAUCAACGCCAGUGACGAAGACGAUGACUUGAUCUUUUCCGGGACAACUAGCUCUUCUCCUGCUACGAAGCGCAGCUCUAUCCCCUCAAAGGAGAAAGAAGCGGCAGAAGAACCCACUAAAACAAAACCGGUGGAAAAGGUCCUCGAGGAGACGGCAGGGAACGCUAUCAAAGUACCCUCACACGACCACGAGCAAGAUGACGGAAAUCGCAGGCGCUCUGGCCGAGCCAGGAAACAAGUGGAAUACAUGGGCAAAAUCUCUUGGGCAGAAGCAAGAGAGUGGCGAAAUUCCGGUCAGAGCUUGAGUGUUGAGCUUCACAGAGUCGAUCGUGCGACCCGGCAAGACUUUCAAAGUGUCGAUAAUACUGAUGAUGAGAGUCUUCCGGCCCAAAAAGCGGCACCACAAAGUCCACUAAAGGGGGCUCCAAGAGAAAUGGACAAGGCUGCUCAGAGACAAGUCAUCCCGGAUUCUCAAGACACGGCAACGCCAUUCAACAGCAGUGCUCCCCAACCGUCACAACCACAAGCUUCACAGCCGCAAGUUUCUCAACCUCAAGCUUCACAACCCGCAGGCAAACAACAUAACCUGGGCACUCCCAAUCACGACACUAUGCCCAAUAUGGUUCUGUCCGAUGACGAGGCACCACUCGUGCUAUCGAGAGUCAUGGUUCCUAAGCCACGCACCGUGCCUUCAAAACCUAUCCCUCAGUUGGUGAGCGUCCAGGAAGAACACGAAAGCUCAACAGACAAGGGUAGCACCCCCAAUGUCGACCAUGCUCAAAGGACCGAUGAUGAUGCGGCCCCUCAAGCUGAACCCAUGGAGCUUACCCAAGACGAGGCCAAAGAUGCGGCCAGGCCAGACAUUCUUGCCCAGCCCCUUAAACGGAAACGAGGCAGACCUAGAAAAUCAGAAGUGCCAGUCGAACCCACAACCGUGGUUUCGCUGGAUAACGCCCCUGGCCCCCUGAAGCGCAAGCCUGGUAGACCUAGAAAACCGGAAGUUUCGCCAGAGAAGUCCCCUCCGCCUCCGAAGCGCAGGGUCGGCAGACCCAGAAAGUCGAGUACUGUCACGCGUGAGGUCGUCACUGAAGUGCAGGCCCACGAGCCCCAAGCUCCCCGGCAGGAAAUCUCGACUGGGGUUGACGUUGAGAUGGAAGCAGUUGAAGAGGCUGAGAAACCCGGCCGCAUGUCUCGAGAGCUCAGAUGGCUAGAAAAGAAGAAACCGAAGGGUGUUUCCGAUCUCGAAGCUCAAGGAGUGACGUCGGAAAAGCGUCUUAGGUCUCGAGGGUCGAAAGAAACACUGCAGCCAAACGGUGUCAACAUGGAUGAAUCACAAGGAUCCAACAAAGAACCCGAAGCAAUUCCUAGCAACAGUCCGCCUCCACCAGCAAGAGUUACCUCCUCGCCAAAGACUGUCCCUGCAGAAAACGCUGCACCCCCAGCCAAAUCGACUUCUUCAGCAAGCCCCCCUUCCUUACCAAAGGUUGCUUCAGGGGCUGUCUCCCCGGCCGAGCCUAUGUCUCCUCCACAAGCUACAUCUGCAGUAAAAACCACGUCUCAGACAAGUGUUGCCUCUCUUCCGAAGACUGCUUCCAACUCAAAGGCUGUCUCACCUUCUAAAGCUGUCUCGCCUCUAAACACUGCCCCUCCAGCAAACAAUACCGCCUCACCAAAGGCUACUUCUCCACCAAAGGCCAAGACCAUCAACCUCCCUUGA